UCACAGUUUGGUAAUUGCUCGUUCAAUUGCCAUCACGUCGUUUUCGCUUAUUCCUGCACAUUUAAAUUAGUUAAAAUAAAAUACAAUAAAAUAAUAGUAUUUUACUUUUAUUGUAUAACAGAACAUUUAACUAAUGCUUCGAAAAACGUAAAAUAUUUACUUUUUUCGUAACAAUAAGUGAAAUACGCAGUAGACGAACAAAGCAGCAAAGUGAAGGGGAAAAUUAGUGGAAAAUUUUAAUUUUCUUCGGGCUUUUCAAGUAUUCAAAGGAAACAUAUAACCAUUGAUUGCUGUAAGGACCGUAGCGGUAUCCGGCCAGACCAAAAACUAAAGCAGAAUAAGUUUUACAUCCGCUUUAAUUGAUUGCGAAAAAAUAAUAAUAGUUUUAUUACAAUAGAACUAUAAUAAAGAACUUCGCAUCGAAGCGGAAAAUAUAAAUUGAACUAUUUCAGUGAAAUAGUGUUCAACUAUAAAGUUAGAAGCAACGUGGAAAAUACGACUUUUAUUCUAGAAGAAUAGAAGUCAAUUAGUUAAAGAAAAAAGGACGCAAAAUAUAAACCCACUUUUCGACGAAACUUUGCCAGAAAAGUAAAUAAAAUGUACGCAGGUGGUUAUGCAGUGAAUGGCGGCAGCCCACAUGCCAACUCGAAUGGUUUUUAUGGUGGUGGUGGGGCAGGCGCUGGUCCACGUCCUGAACGUCCACAUUAUCAGCGAAACACCAUGAAUAACGGCAGCAACGCCGGUAUGCCCUAUGGCGGCGGAUCGGGCUUAUAUGGAGGUGCCCAAAGCACCUACCGUGGCGGUAACAAUUCUAAUUCAAUGAUGACAAGUGGUGGUCCCAGCUUUUAUGGGAACGGCGUGAGUAAUCCUGGUGGUUUCCAAGCUCGUGGUAAAAAUCCAAAUUUCGUACCUCGUCAUCAGAAACCCAACGGUGGUUACCAACCAAGCAAUGGCGGAUAUCAUGGCGGUAUUAAUUUGGGAUUAUUGAGUAAAGAAGAGAGAGCGGAACUACAGCGCGAAAAGGCAAAAAAUCCCGGACGUAAUUUACAAAUUCCACGUUGGGAAAACCUCCAACCUUUCAAGAAAAAUUUCUAUGUACCACAUCAAAACACACUGAAUAUGAGUGAACAACAAGUCGUCGAAUUGCGAAAUGAAUUAGAAAUUACUGUAUCCGGUAAUGGUAUUCCACAUCCAGUGUCAUCGUUUGAAGAGUGUUCGCUACCAGAAUACACUAUAGAAGAAAUGAAGCGUCAAGGCUUCACAAAGCCUACUGCUAUUCAAGCACAAGGAUGGCCGAUUGCGCUCAGUGGACGUGACCUGGUUGGCAUAGCGCAAACGGGCUCCGGUAAAACUUUGGCAUACAUGUUGCCAGCAAUGGUGCACAUUGCGAACCAACCACCACUACAACGUGGCGACGGACCUAUAGCUCUCGUAUUAGCACCUACACGUGAAUUAGCCCAACAAAUUCAAUCCGUUGUACGUGAUUAUGGACACUUGUCUAAACCCGAGAUCCGUCAUACCUGUAUUUUUGGAGGUUCAUCAAAAGUACCUCAAGCACGUGAUUUAGAAAGAGGUGUUGAAGUCAUUAUUGCAACUCCAGGACGACUGAUAGAUUUCUUGGAAAAUCGUAACACAAAUUUGCAACGAUGCACCUAUUUGGUAUUGGAUGAAGCCGAUCGGAUGCUGGAUAUGGGUUUCGAACCACAAAUCCGUAAAAUAAUAGAACAAAUUCGUCCUGAUCGACAAGUAGUAAUGUGGUCUGCAACUUGGCCUAAAGAAGUACAGGCACUUGCCGGAGAUUUCCUAAAAGAUUACAUAUCCAUCAAUAUUGGUUCAAUGAACCUCUCGGCUAACCACAAUAUUCGUCAAAUGGUUGAAAUAUGUCAAGAAAUGGAGAAACCUCAGCGCAUUGUUAAAUUACUACAAGAAAUUGCACCGACAACAAACAAUGCUGCAAAUAAUAAUAACAAAAUAAUUAUUUUUGUCGAAACUAAAAUCAAGGUCGAGGAAAUCUUGCAAAUUAUUCGCAACGAAGGUUAUACUGCCACCUCCAUACAUGGCGAUAAGUCGCAACCUGAACGCGAUUCAGUGCUAAAAGAUUUCCGUAAUGGAAAGUCGAAUAUUUUGAUUGCCACCGAUGUCGCUUCUCGUGGUCUAGAUGUGGAGGAUUUGCAGUAUGUUAUCAAUUAUGAUUACCCAAAUUCGUCGGAAAAUUAUGUUCAUCGCAUUGGACGCACUGGACGUUGUCAGCAAUUGGGAACCGCAUAUACUUUCUUUACCCCGGACAAUGGAAAGCAAGCACGUGAUUUGAUUUCUGUAUUGGAGGAGGCCGGUCAGGUACCACCUCAAGAAUUGUUGGAUCUGGCACGUUCAUCAGGUGGUAAUGGUAAUGGCCGCGGAAAUAAUAAUCGUCGCUGGCAACAGCAGCCUACCCAUCAACAGCGUAGCAAUCCCUUGAAUUAUCAAGCUGGCAACAACGCUAACGGCGCAUACGCUCCGAAACAGAAUCACUAUCAGCAACAAAACAACAGUAUGUAUCAGCCACAUAACGGUGUUAGCAGUGGUGGUGCUGGUGGCAACUGGAACAAUCGAUCCGGUGUGGUUGGUGGCGGAGCUGGUGGGCAAUACAACAAUCCCGAUGCCAGUGGCGGUCGCACAUAUCGCCCACGUGCUCCAUUUAAUGCCGGCGGUCCUCGCCCUAUGAUGGGCUACAUGCCGCCACAUAUGCAACAAAAUAAUGGUUACGUACCACAACAACAGUAUCGACCACGUAGUCAACAAUUCAUUCCACAGCAGAAUGGUAAUAUACCACGUUUUCAGCAAUAUCAAAAACGAGAAUAUAAUCAACAACAACACUACGAUAAACAGCAAAAUGUAGUUGCUAAUGGCGGCGCUGGUGGCGGUGUGGAGCAUCAACCGCAUAACGGUGUUAUCAACGGUACAACAAUACAACAACAGCAACAGCAGCAACACCAACAGCAAGUAAAUGUUGCUGCAAAUAUUGCAGCUGCAGUGGCUGCUGCCGGUGGUCAAUUGGGCGGUGAGUAUCCCAGCAAUGUGUCGACACCACCGGCUGCAGCUUUAUAUGCUGCACCAGCACAAUCGCCUCCUACUGCAGCUGCCAAUACUGCGGCUGCUUAUAUGUAUGAUGCUAGUGGUGUUUUGGCUGCUGCUGCUGCAGCCGCCGCUGCCAAUCCAUAUGGCGGUUUGGCACCAACAGCAUACUACGCACACCCGCACCAGUUUGCUGCGGGUGUGGCACCAGCCACCACUGCUGACGUAUUGCAACAACAACAGCAGCAGCAAAACAACAACACAACACAUAGUUGCAGUAUGGAGCACUUUCAUCAGAUUCAGCAAACUCUUCAACACUAUCAGCAGCAGUUGGCUGCGCAGCAACAGCAGCAGGCAGUACAACAACAACAAUUACAGCAACAGCAGGCCCAUCAAGUGGUCGUGCAACAAAAUCAACAGCAAGCACAUCAAAAUAAUGCCAACACCACUUCUGGUGUAGGCACCCAACAGUUAUUUACCUAUAAAAUGGCCAGUAGCUUCCCAAAUCCAGCCACGACCAUGGCACAGGUGGUCGCUACCUCAAAUGCGGCCGGUUCAACCGGCUACGAUUAUCGUCUUAAUAUGGCACAAGCAGCUGCAGCGGCAGCGGUACCCGGUUCACAAUGGUGGUAUUCGGCUGCGAAUUCUGGACAGAUAGAUGCCAACACCGCCGCACAGUUACAGCAACAGCAACAACAACAGCAGCAACAGGCACAGCAACAGCAGCAACAGCAACAACAACAGCAGCAGCAACAGCAAGCGGCUCAGCAACAGCAACAACAGGCUCAACAGCAGCAACAGCAACAACAACAGCAGCAGCAGCAACAGCAACAACAGCUACAGCAGCAACAACAGAAUGCUACAGCGAGCACGAUGAUUCGUGGUGCUAAAGCUGAUGCGAAGCCCCGAGGCCGUAUGACAGCGUACGCUUACUUUGUACAAACAUGCCGAGAGGAGCACAAGAAGAAGCAUCCCGAUGAGACAGUCAUCUUUGCCGAAUUCUCCCGAAAAUGCGCUGAGCGAUGGAAGACAAUGGUGGAUAAGGAGAAGAAGCGCUUCCAUGAGAUGGCCGAAAAAGAUAAGGCGCGAUAUGAGAUGGAGAUGCAAAAUUAUGUACCGCCCAAAGGAACCGUGGUAGGACGUGGCAAGAAGAGGAAAAUGAUUAAGGACCCGAACGCGCCGAAAAGAUCAUUAUCUGCAUUCUUCUGGUUUUGCAAUGAUGAACGUAACAAAGUUAAAGCUGCGAAUCCAGAGUACGGUGUUGGCGAUAUAGCCAAGGAGCUCGGCCGUAAAUGGUCCGAUGUGGAACCAGAGGUUAAACAAAAGUACGAGUUAAUGGCUGAGAAGGACAAGGCGCGCUACGAGCGGGAAAUGACCGAGUACAAAACUAGCGGGAAAAUACCGAUGUCCGCGCCUUCAAUGCAAGCACAGCAGGCUGCAGCGCAGAAAGCCGCGUUACUUGCUGCAAGUUCGCAGCAGCAUGAGGAGCAUGGAGACGAUGAUGGCGACGGUGAUGAUGAUGAAAAUCAAUAGAUUUAAGCAAAUACAAAGUAAACAAGAAAAAGUAGAAGGAGGAGCAUAUAAGAUAAAAAAAAAACAAAAGAAAAAUAAACAAAAAAAGAAAGAAUUAACAAUUUUCCACUCAAAAAUGAAAAUGGAACUUAUAUAACGUAAUAUUUAAGUGAAUAAAACCAGAAAUAUUGAAUGAGACAUAAAAAUCAAGCAAAAAGUAACAAAUAUUAAAACAAUAAAACAGACGAGAAUUAAAAACAAAGUUAUGAAAUUUAACAGGGAGAAAGUACAUACAACUAUGUAAAAUACAAAACGUAUGUAUGCCGCAAAUGCAAAAUCAAAGCUAAAAGUAGUUGUAGCUCCAGCAAGCACUAUCAAGGGAAUCCAAGACACAAUAUGCUGUACUAAAAAAGUAACAAUACUUUAAAUCAACACUGCUUUUAAAAAUCAUGGCGGCACAUACAACCGAGACAAGUACGUACAUCAUGCAUUCAUUUGUUAUUAAAAUUCCAUUAAACCAUCAACCAACUGCAUAAAGUUUUUUAAAAAGUGAAGACUCCAAAUAAACUACUCCCCAAAACAAAAAUUACUACUCAUUUUGAGUGUUGGAAAGCACACAAGCAAUCAACACAACAGCAAAUAUUACAAAAAAAAAAACAAAAACAACACAAAACAUGACUCACCAAUAAUAGCUAGUUGACAUCGUUUAAAGAGUAGAAAUAGCGGCAUCUUUGAAUAAUAAUGGCAAACAACUCAGAUACGAUUAUUUUAUAAUUAAAAAUAUUGUUUCGAUUAAUUUGAUUUAUUGUAACAUUAGCAAUAAAUGUUAGGAUUAAAGAGAGACACUCAUAGUUUAGGGGCAAAUAAGAAGAAAAAUAAAGAGAAAAUAUAAUGAAAAACUCAAUAUUAAAGUGGCGUAUGGGCUUGACUUAAAAUGCCAACGCAUUAGAAUUUAUUAUUUUAUCAUCGUACCGAUUAUUAUUGGCAGUUAUUAUUAUUAUUUUUCAAAACUAGCAUUUAAUGUUGAUAUAAAACGAAAUUACAAAAUUAAAAUAAAAACAAAAAAUAGAAAUACCAAUUUUUCGUUCGUUUAGCGUGUAUAAACAAAAUACAUAUUUUUUAUUUACCAUUUCAAAAUCAUACAACAUAAACAUUUAAAGAAAUGUUUAGAAAAAACUUAAGGACAACUGAAAAUAAAAAAUAUUUUGAAAUAUUUUUAUAAAUACAUAAGUGCGGUUGAAUUUCUGUAUGAAAACUAUGUACGAGUAUCUCGAAUGUGAAUAUAUUUUGAGGCGAUUAUUACAUAUAUUACAUACUAUGUAUAACUGCUAGCCACAAUACAUGCAUAUAUGAAUAAGCAACAGUUAUAUAGUUGUAUACUACACUCAUACAGCAGCAAAAAAAUACAAUAAGAAACAAUAUAAUAAAUUUAUAUAAUGUACGAUAAGAUUUAGAAUAUACGUAUGGUGAAAACCCAAAAAAACUAUGCAAUUUUUUUCACAAAUCACUUUUGGCAAUCGCUUGGGGUUUAAAAAAUUUGACGAAUUCUUUCAAAAUUUGAUUUUUCGUAACAUUUUUGAAAACAUGAAGACAAUAGUGUUUAUUUCAUAUUUUCCGUAAUAGUAUAUGACCAUUUUUGUGCAAACGAAAAUUUAAUAUUUGAAAACUUAUUAAAUUUAAUCACUACAAGUGCGUUUUAUUCGCGGUAUGAUUACUAAAGCUUCACUCAGAAUAUUUUUAAAUUAAACAAAUACACUUUCAAAUAAUUUGAGUUCAAAAUACCUUUUCUCUUUCCGGUAAGUUCAUGGAAAAACACUUCAAAAAAAUAAAAAGGGACAUCUGCAGGUAUCAAGAUAGUGUAAAUAGAUUAUCUAAAAUUAAUAUUGAAACUUAAGGGAAUAGUCGAAAAACAUAUGUAUAUGAACGAAAGAUACAAGUUUUAAUUUGCAGAGAACGGGUGGUAAACUUAUUGAUUAAUGUUUUGCGAAAACGGAAAACACCUUUUAUUUGCAUUUAAUUGUAUGACAUAAAAAACGAUAAAAAUUUAUUUUAGGACUAAUGUCUAAAAUUUAUGUUUGUUGCACAUGUAAAAACGAUAUACAUAUAGAGUUGGGGAUGUUCGGGCAAGCAAAUAACAGCACGAAUAUUGCGACACUGUUGUUUUUCUGCAGAUAGUGCAACAUUUUUUGGUCGAAUAUGACACCUUGCCGCAGUGAUUGAGAGUCGAACAUCCUCUUUGCUUGCAAUCAUCAUGUUUGAAAUUCAGUUAAUAUAUAAUCAUAAAGAUUUAACUUUGUAGUUAUAUUAUAACUUUUUGAAAGCAAUAGAGAUGAAGCCAACAUUUUGGGUGUGUUCAAGCAUUUAUUUGUUUAAAAUGUGCAGUGAUGUAAUUUUUUGUGCAAAAUACUAUACAUUUCGAUUAUUUAUGGCAACCAAUUUUUUUUGUCGUCGUCAACAAUAUUAUAUAAAAUGCAAAGUUAAAUUCUUUCCUUAUUCUCAUAUCUUUAAAUACAAAUUUUAUUUUGUUUAGCUAACUAUUUUUCAGAAGUAUAUUUCUUAUGGUUAUUUGCAGGAGGAGGUAUUUGUUUAUUGGUCAUGACGACAAGAAAUAAAUUUAAAACGCCAAAUUAAAAAAAAAUAAUUGACCAUUCAUUUAUCAUAAUAAAAUUGACAGUUUUUACUGCUUUAAAUUGCCACACAGUUGCACAUUUUAAUAAUGGUAGCUUUUACCCUAACAAUGUUGUAUAACUCAUUUAUUGCUUUCGAUUUCUUUAUAAUCUUUUGUUGUAAUUAGCACUAUUGGUUUUUUUUUAAUGGUACACAUUUAAAAUUUUUACAAAAGUCAAAAUUAGUAUAGUUCUUUAAUUUUUUGUGAUUUUCGUAUUAAUGCCUGCCACCGCGUUCAUCUUCAGUUAGUUCGUGUACUACUCGGUAUGUGCAUAUUACUAGUAUACCGAACCUCUUGUAUAUAUGUAUGUAUAUAAUUAUACAAUGCAUUAUACGUCGUAUGUAUGCAUUUUUCAUUCAAACCACAUAAAACAUAAAAAAAUAACGGAUAAAAUUAAAAAUUAUGUAAAAAAAUGAAUAUGAAAUGCAAACUACUUCAGGCUCGACAGAUUCCUAUUAAAUUUAACGGUUAUAAAAAAUCAAAUGUCAAAGAAUUGCAGUAGAGGACAUACGUACAUAUACACUCACGUAAAUUUACUACAUAAUGUUAGGUAAUAUUAGUAAUAAAAACAAAAAGAACUUUAAUUGAAAGUAAUCACAAAAACAAGCAAUGAUUUUAUGUACAUACAUAUGCAGACCGAUUAGGAAUAAUGCGACCUCAAAGUUUUGGGAUUAUUCAUGUACAUAUGUACGUAUACAUACGCUUAUUCGAUUGCAGUUAUUGACAUAUGAAGUUGUCAGUUUUUUUAUGUUUUACAAUUUUUUGUCGUACAUUAUAUUAUAUUUAUAGUUAAAACGCGUUUUCUUUAUCAAGAAGGAUUAAGUAAACAGUUGAAUUUCGCAGCAGAGGAGAAGUCUGUGCAUGGCUGCUUUAUGCAUUUAACUCAAUUUUACUUUCGAAGAUUACUAAGAUGAGAUUUUAUUUUUAUUAAUCACAAGUUUUUAUUAAUUCAUCGUAAACAUAUGCAUAUUGCCUAAGACGUACAUAUGUACAUUCUUAUAUACACUCAUAUGUAUAUUUUUUAUGCCUCUAAAUUAGUUUUGCUCUCUCUCGAAAUCCUUGGCAAAUAAUGAACACCAAACUUUCACUACAAUAGAAAGCAAUAUACACAUACACACAUGCAUAUAAUCAAAGUCUAAAGCGAAAUUUUAACAAAUUCCCAAAAUGCGACUUGCACCAGAUAUAAAGUGAAUACUUACAAUAGCGCGUUGCAAAGACAGACUGAAAUAUCGGGGAGGGGCAUGAUAGGUAGUAAAGCCGAAUGAGCGUCGUUUGUGGCAGUUUAGCCGACACUAAUGCCUAUAUUUACAAACAUGCAUACUUAAGUGAAUAACACCAACCAACAAAUAUUUAAAUUUAAUAAAAUGAAAAGUAAGAAACAAUAAAAAAUGAAAGGCAGUAACAACCACAGUGUACACAUAAUGAAAAAAUCUAAUUUUUUAGCGUAGAAAAAAAAAAAUAAAUAAAUAAAAAUGAAAAGAAACCCAUGUAUUUGUAGCUUUUUCUUCCAGACCCAAGAGCGGUGUUUUUUUAUUGAAACAUAAAAGUAUAUGAAAUGCUCUUAUAACAAUAAGUUCAACGUUAAAUAAAAUUAUAGUUGUUAAUUAAAAACAAAACAGUAUGCGUGCGUUUGUGUUAGAGUAAAAAAACAAAGAAUAUAAAAUUUGAACUUAUAAUUUAUAGGCAUACAUAUUGAUUAUUUUAGUUUCUUUUUAUUACUAUUUAUAAGUUAAAAGCCUGUGCAAGUAUAAUUAAUGCGGGUCAGAGUUUUUAAAUUACAAAAUAUGCAAGAGUGUGUAAAAAUAAGUUUCAAGCUACAAAAAGAAAAAAAAUAAAACUAAAAUGAAAAUUAAAAUUAAAAUAAAAAAUAAAUUAUGUUGUGCGUUGAUUUUUAAUAAUAUGUAAUUUACCAGUAUCUAUAAUAAAUUAGAACAUACAUUUAUAGCAAGUACAUGCUCAUGUACAUAUGUAUGUAGUAUGUAUGUAACUUCGUAGUAAGUUGAGUUACAUAUAAAAUAUACAAAUUAGUUAUUGUGUUACGAAUGUAAUUAUUUUUGCUUUAGUUUUCAUUUAUUAGCGAAUAACAUUUAUUUUACUUCAAAAUUAAACAUACAAUAUGUAUGGAAAAAAAAUUUACAAAUAUACAAAAGGAAAUUAUUAAUUAAUUGCUUAAGUUAAGUACCGAUUAAAUAAUAAUAAAUUAAAUACAUAGUAAUGAGUAAAAUUGUAAGAAAGAAAAAAGUGAAUCACAAUUUCCUCCCCCACAUACAAAAUAAUUCAUUUAUAUACAUACAUGCAUAUACAUACAUAAUGAACCUUGCCCAUGCAAAUUAUAAUAGAAAAGAACAAAAAAAAAUAA